AUGAGAGAUAUUCAGGUCGAGAGGGAUGAGUGGUAUUCAAAGAUGGUAUUGAGAUGUGGUUUAUGUGACUAUAAGAGUGAUCGUAAAAGUAAUUUCGAUCGCCAUAUGAAGUCAAUGCACGAGGAAUGCAGUCGUCCAUCGCAAUGUUGCGGUCAAGUCUUCAGCAAUAAGGCGGAGCUCAAGAAACACAGCCAUCUGUACCACAGGGAUGGCUACCGAUGCGAUGACAAGUCCUGUAAUAAAGUAUUUCCCCGGAAGGCUUUACUCCGAAGACACCAAACGGUUCACAAUGGGAUCAAAGACUACUCGUGCGAAGAGUGUAUGUAUGAAACGAGUCAUAAAAGCAAUUUAGAGAGACAUUGCUUCCGUGUCCACAAUCUCAUGAUAUCCCACUCGAAGUCGUACUCGAAGUACAAUAAAACUGAUGAUAAGAAGUAUGGUUUGGAGGGAUCACCGAAUUGUCGCGCAAACAGUGAGAUGUGGUCACCCGUGAGCUCCACCACAACCAGCGAAAGCGAAUUGAGUUCUUCGCAAGAGUUGGUCUCAUCUCAAGAGUACUCGUAUAAUGAAUAUAAAUCCAACGACCCAUCGGUGGUAUCAAACAGUCAACAGAUGGCUUCCGAAAGCCAUGCAGUGAUAGAUAAAGAAGUCUUUGGUAGUGAUUAUAGCCAACUAACCGAUGAGGACAUCAAGUGUGAUAACAAGAAGUUGAGGCUCUGUUUGCGUCCAUACAAAUGCCUCAUCUGUUGGCUUCUGUUUGAGUCUCAACUCGAAUACUUUGAACACCAGAUACUGACCGAUCAUAUGAUCAAAGACUCGGAGGAACUGGAAGUGAUUGAAGCGGCGGCUGUAUUGACACAGUUUAGUAUAUCUAAGAGUCGCUCACAAACAGUGGUUUAA